UGGGUUCUUCUUGCGCGAACAAUUCUUUCUACUUCGCGAUCGUUCUCUUGUUGCAGUGGCAUGUUGUUGGUUGCGUGUUAUUUAUGUCAACGGGCAUGUCAUUGAAUGAUUCAUGGGAAAAUAAAUAAACAAGAAAGUGAGAAGGAAUCAUAUUUAGGCCGCAUCAUCUUACGACUCGCUCUCACCUCGUUUUGUCAUACCUUAGAGAUCUGUGGGUUAAAGUUCUUUAAUUCUUCGGGGUUUCUUGAAUUCAUUGGGUGCUUCCGCGGGUCAUCCUCUUGCUAUGAGAGUCAUUUUACUGGAAAUGCAUGAAGUUCAGAAUGGUUUCAACUUAGUCAUCUUUGAUGGUCGUCGACAAGGGCAUUGUUCAUUCUGUCUUACUUUUCGUUUGCCUAAUUUGCUUUUGAUGAAGUACAUCCAGCCUGUUGUUGUAUCUUAUAAAUGGGAUCCUUUACAUGUGCUUGACUAGUGUUAGAGAAUGUCUGCUUAAGAAGAUACUAGUGUUGGGUUUAAUGUCUUCAAAGUUCUAAUGGUAUGCGGUUCAUCUUGGAACUCCAGAAUGGAUGCUGCUGUCUGUAAUCCAUUUCUUGGAACUUCUUCUUCUCGUUGUUAUGUAAGUAGCAGACCCUGCGUCUGUCCGGAUUUGAGGGGCAGCUCAAUGAGAUUAUCUUCGGAAUUUUUCAAGGUUGAGAUUGGCAGGUCGGAAAGAAGUCUUUUCCAAUCUAGCGGAAAGAAACCCAGUCCCAUCAUAGCUUUAGCUUCUCAAACAUCAGUUUCUGAUCCAUUUUCCACAUCUUCAAAGAACAAUUACAGUGACUCAUCAAAGAAAUCAAAUGAAGCAGCAUUGAUCCUAAUUCGACAUGGGGAGUCCCUAUGGAAUGAAAAGAACCUAUUUACGGGUAGUGUUGAUGUGCCACUUACCAAGAAGGGUGUGGAAGAGGCGAUUGAAGCAGGUAAGAGGAUCAGCAACAUACCUGUUGACAUGAUAUAUACGUCAUCAUUAAUCCGUGCACAGAUGACUGCAAUGCUUGCCAUGACUCAGCACCGCCAACGGAAGGUGCCAAUCAUAUUGCAUGAUGAGAAUGAGAGGGCAAGAACAUGGAGUCGUAUUUACAGUGAAGAGACCAAAAAGCAAUCCAUUCCAGUUAUAACAGAUUGGCAAUUGAAUGAGAGAAUGUAUGGUGAGUUGCAAGGUCUCAAUAAACAGGAAACAGCAGAGAGAUAUGGGAAGGAACAAGUUCAUGAGUGGCGGCGAAGUUAUGACAUUCCCCCACCUAAUGGGGAGAGCUUGGAAAUGUGCGCUCAAAGAGCUGUCAUGUAUUUCCGCAAUGAGAUUGAACCUCAACUUUUUGCUGGAAAAAAUGUGAUGAUUGCAGCCCAUGGCAAUUCACUGAGAUCCAUCAUCAUGUGUCUGGACAAAUUAACUUCUCAAGAGGUUAUAAGUUUGGAGCUGUCAACUGGAAUUCCGCUACUGUACAUUUUCAAAGAGGGAAGAUACGUAAGGAGAGGUAGUCCAGUGGGACCUACUGAAGCUGGUGUCUAUGCUUAUACUAGGACAUUGGCUCAGUACAGGCAGAACUUGGAUGAGAUGUCAUAUUAAUGUCCAAGCAAUUAAAAGGGGCUAUGUUCUAGUUGGGUUGUAACGACGAAGACAGUUAUUGGCUUGCUGGAGUAUAAUGUUGAAAUUUGAAGAGUAGAAGAGCUAGAUGUACCUCUCUCUCUCAGAAUAUGGUUCCCUCAAAUUUCUUUGGUUAGGUCCUACCGAAAGG